AUGGGUCCUAAAGAUUUGAAAAAACGCAAAAUUGUUGCUGGGCCUAAAGUUGAAGAGGUCAAUUUCGACGACGAAAACCGACAUGAAUACUUGACUGGAUUUCACAAACGCAAGGUGCAACGCGCCAAACAUGCGCAAGAAAAUGCCGCAAAGAGAUACAAAGAGGAGAAAAGAGAAGCAAGAAAGAAGAUCCGAGAGGAGCGCAAAAAAGACUUCGAACAGGCAAUGGCGGAGCAUAAAGCAGUACUCAAGCGCAUGAAGGAGGAUGCUGGAGAUCUCGGCGAAAUGGAAGGCGAGAAGCAGGAGGAAGAUUGGGAGGGAUUCGAAGAGCCUCCUGCAGUGGACUACGAAGCCGAAUAUGUCGACGAGGAUAAAUACACAACAGUCACAGUUGAAGAAAUGGAUGCAUCCCGCGAGGGUCUCCUCAAGGCCGCCAGGGGGGAGGACUCAGAGACUGAAGAAGAGAAACAGAAGAAAUAUGCGGCUCAGUCCACAGAGGCCGACGCAAAAGCCAAGAAGAGAAAGCCCCGGAGUGCAGCCUCAGAAGCAGCCAGGAAAAAGAAGAGGAAUUUCCGCUAUGAGACCAAGGUUGAGCGCAAACAAACACAGUUAAAGCAGCGGGCUGUGAAGGCGAAGAGAGCAAAGGCACGAAAAGGUGCAGAGGAAUGA